AUGGAAAGUCAUUUAGAGAAGUUUCCUUCCGCUUGCACACUCGCAGAGACGUCCUAUCAAUUUGCCGGAGACCAUUUGACUGCUGUCGUAUCAAAAGUAGGGACAACCCACGGCAAAGAUGACGUGGUAAUUUGUUUAAGGGCAAUGCUUCAACAACCAAAUGAGAAAACAAUUGAGAAGGCCGCUGAGCUAGAGAUGCGACGCCUAGUCAGGCUCUACUGGAAAACUGGAAGCGCAUGUACUCGCAAACAUCCGAUAUUACGUAUCAUCAGUGAUGUAUUGGUCAGCUUUGUUGAAGAAGGAAAAGAAGAGUUUCAAAACUUCGUCGUCGGUCCAUUCAAGAUUUGUCGCCAUUUAGAUCUGUAUGGCUAUCAGGCCCUGUACUAUGAUCUCAUCGACUCAUCCUACAAACCGCUUCAAGAAUAUAUCAAGCAAAAGAGGGCCAUGUGGGAAGCCAACUUGGGCAUUUCUGUUGGACGGCUUUGGAUCUUAGCAUUACGGUCAACUGUUCAAGCCCUGGAGCCCAGUCUUUCAGGAAAUGUUCUCAGGUUGUCGAAGCUUAUGACAUUUAUAAAAUUUCGUGGUCAAGAUUCACCUCUCAAGACAGGCAACAUCGCGCAGACCUCCAAGCCCACUUUUACUCCCACACCUGGCCGUCGCAGUUUGCCAGGUUUAACGCCCUACGGCAAACAAAUGAAUAGCUGUUGUCCGCCUCUCAUGUUCAAAUCCCAGGUUUCAACAAGAUUUAGUACCUGCCCGAUCAAUCGAAGUUACACGGCAGGUAUAGGACUAAGCAGCCCUGAAAUCCCGUGUGCACUGCUCUACAACUUAACGUCCACGAACAGUGUCAUGAAGUCCAUGCUCGUCUCCUUACUCCUGUUUCCUUUAGCGCUUGCUUUGGUAGUGUCACGGACGCAGAAGGUUGGCUACAAUGGAUACAAAGUUUUGAGACUAUCGCUGGCUAAGAAUAUCGAAAAUGUUGAGGCACAGAUUGAAGAGUUGGCAGCCCAUGUCCUGAACGCUGGAAAAGCCGAGCAUCUGGAUGUCGUGGUUACGCCUAAUAAAGCAGAGGCAGUCGCAAUGUUAGCUCCAAAUCAGCCACCAGCCCUAAGGGAGAGCAAGAGAGAUAAGAAUAGUGGAGACAAAUCACCACCACAGGAACAGUUCUUGGACUUGACACUAGGCGUUUCAGCACCCCUGGGAGAGUUAUUGAAUUUCGCUUAA